UACUUUACUAAACAGAUACGGUCGAGAUAAAGAGUUGUCGCCGUAUGGGGAAAAACGUGAACGCGCAUUUUAUGCACCUUCAGCGUCCCAGGACAUCGAGCUUGGAAUAAAUAAACGACUUAUAUAAACGCGGCCUUUUUGGUUGCGUCUACUUGGAUAAGUGAACUGAAGCUUAUCUACACGGUGUCUGACGUUGAUGGAUGCGGUGAAAUAGGACUGGGAAAGGCUUCAAAUAGCCAAUCCGAAGUUGGCUAAAGUCAGUGUUUAACAGAAACCUACAGAUCCGGUUUCCGUGAACCGUUAUUCUACUUGAGGUUCUGAUAAAGUAACCCAAAAUACAAUGGCAGCAACUGCCCGGCGAAUGCCGAUGGGUGUGCGGACAUUCAGUGAGUUUUUGGAGAUUGCUGUAGGCUCUGGGCGCUCACCAUGCCACACCGCGGGGUCAAGAGAACAUAUGAGACAGACUAUCAGACACUUGUCAUCAUGUGGUAUUGUAAUGACUAGGACUCCCAGAGUGCUUUGCCACCAGCAGAAUUGGGACACAAUGACAUCAGUUCCCCACAGCAGAACCUUCAUGGGGUUCACAAAUAAGAGAAAGGAGUACUCCGAGCGGAGGAUACUGGGGUACUCUAUGCUGGAGAUGUAUGAUGUGGUAGCCAACGUGGAUGACUACAAACUCUUUGUCCCCUGGUGUAAGAAGUCCCAGACCAUCAUGAAGAGGGCAGGCCACUCCAAAGCUCAGCUAGAGGUGGGAUUCCCACCCAUCGUAGAGCGAUACACAUCCAUGAUCAGCGUGGUGCGACCCCACAUGGUCAAAGCGGUAUGCACAGAUGGAACACUUUUUAACCACUUGGAGACGAUAUGGCGCUUCAGUCCUGGAAUCCCUGGUUAUCCCCGCACCUGCACUGUGGACGUUUCGAUCUCGUUUGAGUUCCGCUCCUUGCUCCACUCCCAGUUAGCAACUGUGUUUUUUGACGAGGUGGUAAAGAAAAAUGUGUCUGCCUUCGAGCGCCGGGCCGGCACGCUCUACGGCCCACAGACUCGCGUCCCACGGGAGUUAAUGUUCCAUGAGGUACACCAAACGUGAGGUCCAUCUGCCAUUGUGUGCCCUUGUCCCAAACCAGCCUGCACCUUCACCCUGGCUAUCACCUAGCUGGACCUGCAUGACACUACACCAUCCAGCCUCCACCAACCACCUCCAUUGCCACCCAGGUGCCAUUAGCCUGGUACCAGAACUGUUUGUGCUGUCUUGCCAACUCCUAUGGUCACACUGGCAUGAGAGACAGCACUUCUGAGAUCUUGGACCAUCUGGGACUGGGCUAAGAUGCCACUUAGUGCAUCCUCACAUCAUAGAGUAAGGACCAAGCAAUCAGUGUGGGCAUCAGCCCGGCUAAACACCCUUCACAACUACAACUAGUUGAAAGUCCCAUAUCUUAGCCUGGAUCAUGUCUUGUAAAAAUCUGCCGUCUACCUCCUCACAAGGGUUACUCUUCAGCGCAGGCCCCUUGUUGCAUUGGUGCUUGUGCACAAUUUAAAUAGAAGAAUCCUUCUUCCAAAUCUAGUUGUAAAACAAAAAAGCCACUACACAUAUUGGAAUAGAUUUAAUAUAUUGCUGUGUAAUCGUGAGUGAACAGGACACAAUAUUGAGUCAACCAAUGACAUGGACCAUUUUGAGUCUGUCAUACUGUCUGUCAUGUCUGUCUGUUGAUGCUUCAGAUUGUUGAGGAAUGGAUGCAGGUGCACUCCACUUACCUGCCACAUUAAAGUCGUCCAUUCAUGUCAAAUUAAUUUAUCUUAGAAAUAUAUUUUAAAUGUACAGUAUUGCUUAUACCAAGAAGUGCUUCUUUUAAAAUGUAUUUGUUUUGAAGUUAUUGAUUAUAAAUAUACACUGUAUACAAAACAUUAAGAACACCUACUCUUUCCA